GCCCCAUACCCAAAGACUUAAACAUCCUCGGCACCACAGAGUCAUGCGCCUGCCAACAAAACAAAACGCUUUCACAUGAUUUCGUAUCUCGGUUCGUCUUACUUUGCCUCUCUCAGCGUCGAUUAUAAAUAUAGCAUCAUUCGAUCAAGUUUCCUCUCGGCAAUAUAGCAUUUGAUUAUAUCUUUGUUUUUCAACUGCUAAUGCUGUUGGGAGCACAGGAUAAAAGAAGUAAUCAAAAGUUCCUUGGAAAGUAUGCCCCGCCGCGGUAGGAGCUCAUCCAGAGUUGAUCGAAAAGAAUUAGAAAGAGACCGAAGACAGUACAUGAAAGAUCUAUUUUCUAGGCUUGGUUUCCUCCUUCCUACUCCACUCUCCAAGGUUUGUACGCUACUGUAUUCACUUUUCUUCGUUCUCUUUUUCUCUCUUCAUUGUGAACUAAUGAAGUUUGCGCAUGUGGGCAUGCAUGGAUCGAGACAUAUAUAGCAGUCGUUACCUGAGUUGUUGGAUCAAGCCACCACUCAUGUAAAGCAAUUGGGACAAAGGGUAGAGAUGCUGAAGCAAAAGAAGCAACUACUUGAAGGCAGUGGUACUGAUGAUCAGAUAACUGGUAUCAGAGAUCAUAUGAUGGGUGGCGCAUGGUCACCUGUUCUCACAGUGAGUGAUUUGGGUUCUAUGUUAGAGGUGUGCGUGAAGAGUGGGUCAAACAAGAAGUUCAUGUUGCAUCAAGUAAUCCAAGUUCUUGUGGAAGAAGCAGCUCAGGUUGUAGCUCUUAGCUACUCCAAUGUUGGGGAUAGGAUCUUCUAUACGAUUAACGCUGAGGCUGUUAGUCCUAGAAUUGGCAUAGAGACUUCAAGGGUGCGUGAAAGAUUGAAGGAACUGAUGCUUUGAAGUACCUGCUAGGCCUUGCCUUCGAGGAAGAUAGCAUGCAUGAUUAACGUUUUACCUUUUUCGUCUGUUUGGCGGAAAUAUUACACAUCGCAGAGUAUCUUAGUUGCCCCGGCCCUCUAUAUGGACCUAAUGAAUUUGUAUUGUAUUUCCACUUCUUCUCAAUCUAAUUAAGAGAAAUAUUUAUCGUA